UUUGCACAUUCCUGCUACUUUUGAAGAAAAGUGACUCCAUCUUGGUGAAACUGUGGGGUUUUUUUAUGGUAAAGUUGUAGGUUUAUGUCUUUUUUAUGCAGACUAAUUAUGGCAGCCUUUGCAAGAAAACGACAGAGUAAACAAGAGAUGGAUAUAGAAAUGGAAGAUUGUGCAAAUUAUGAAAGUUUUUGUUAUUCUAUAAAAGACACACAGGAAGCAUUACUAAAAAUCCUUACUAGUGAUAGCGAUGAUUUUGAAUGGGACGAUAAUGGCGAUGAUUCGGACUAUGACAAUGAUGGUACCGAUUGGGAUGAAGAUGAUGGUGAUAUUGAUUGGGAAAAUGAUGAGCAAUCAGAUCAUGACGAAGACAUGGACGAUCUGGAAAUCGUAUUUGAAGAACAAUCCGAAAUGAGCCAUGAUGAGGCUAAUAGUAUAAUAUUUACUGAGGAUUCCAAACAGUCCGAAACGAGCCAUGAUGAGGCUAAUAAUUUAAUAUUUAUUGAGGAUUGUAAACAAUCCGAAAUGAGCCAUGAUGAGGAUAAGAGUUUAAUAUUUAUUGAAGAUUGCAAACAGUCGUCCCAAAUGAGUGAAUUCAUACGAAAAGUGAACAGAGACUGGAAUGCAGCUAACCAAGAUUUUAAAGAAAGAUCUGGAACAAAGGUUUCAUUUGCUCCAGAAGAGUCACUGGUAAAGGUUUUCCCUGCAGACAUAUAUGACAGAAAAGGCGAGUGGGUGAUGUAUGCUUUCGACAGGAUUCGCUUCCAGAAAAGAAUUGAUGAAACAGGAGCAAUUCUAUCUCCAUGUCUUUCCAAAGAGCACAGAUCAAAAGUUUUGUGCAGGUUGCAAAUAGAUGUCGAGCAAAAGAUUUGUUCGACCUCCAAAUAGUUUUCUGAACAUGCUACUCAUACAAAAUCUCAAUUCUUUGUAAGUAACAUUUAUAGAAAACUGAGGUAAAGUAAUGAAGCAUCGAUAUGCAAUCAAAGAGGACUUUUUAAUCGGAUAUGGUAUAAUCUGUUUAAAAUUAUGCAUCUCAUUUGCAUAGUAGUGUGAUUUUGAAAACAUUGUUUUUAAGGACUUAAU